AUGUAUGUUUUAGUUAAACGCGGCGACGAUGAGAAGUUGUCUUCAGCCGACGCUGUCAUAGUCCACGUACUAAAGGGUCUGUUUCCAAAGACCACAACAAGAAAUUUAACCCAAAGGUGGAUCUUCUUGAACGAUGAGUCUCCAUUCAAUGCAUUUUUUUCUGCUGCUAAUAAACCUAUAUUAAAAGACCUAUCACAUAUGUUCAAUUGGUCAAUGACUUACAGGAGCGAUUCCGACGUGCCUGUUCCUUACGGCCGAACGGUACCCUUGAAAAAAGCGAUUCUGAAUCAAAUUACAUAUGAAUCUCUGGCAUCAUUGGUUCCGUACUGGGAAAAUAAACGCAAGGACGUGUUAGCUUCUAUCCUUAUGUCGCACUGUGGGGUGCCUCGUAGAACAGAAUAUUUAGAGAAAUUACAAGAAUAUUUGACCGUCGAUGUUUAUGGAAAAUGUUCGAAAAAUAACAAAAAUAGCUGUCCUGGACAUUUUCGGUCUGACUGUAAUAUUGUAUCGCAAUAUCUUUUCUACUUAGUGUUUGAAAACACGCAGUGUCACGAGUACAUAACAGAAAAAUUAUUUUACAAUGCUUAUAGCAAAGGUGCUAUACCUGUCAUAAUGGGGCCAACCAUAGACUGCUGUGAAGGACUUUUACCGCCUGAUUCCUUUUUACAUGUUGACAAUUAUGAUAGUCCGCAACAAUUAGCGGAGCAUAUGGUUGAAAUAAGCGAAGAUAAUAAAAAUAUUCUAAGAUAUCACCGAUGGAGGAAUCACUUUGAGGCAAAAAAUGAGCAUGGAUAUUUUGGAACUAGAUCGUAUCAUUUAUGCAGAGUAUGUGAAGCUUUGAAUUACAAUGACCAAGCAGUGAAAUAUUACGACGAAGAAGAUCUAAGGAUAUUUUUUGAUCCAACCUUGUCUUGUCGUUAA